AUGGAACAACAAAAGAUCUCGCUCCAAUCCGAACUGGAAUCCAUCCGAUCCCUACGCCGAAUCUCACUCUGCCACCCCACCGCCAGCAGUACCACAGUCGAAUCCGAUGAACCCAACCCGAAUCUAUUCUGGCUACCCGCCAGGCUCCACCCCGAAAUUGCCCCACAAGAGUUCAAGGCGUUUAUCGAAGAAGCAACCAAGCCAGAGAACCUGCUCAGGCGGACCUCCUCAGCACUCGGCUCCCGGAGGAACUCGAGCGACCAUCUCUCCCCCAGCGGACUAUCGAGGAAGAAGAGUAUGCUCAGCCAAGUCUACGACCCAUCCAAGCACCCCCCCAGCACACUCCCACCAUCCCCAUCCCACCAUCGUCCAGACAAGGCGGCUAUCACUAGAGGCUACUCCAUGAGCAGCCCCCGUAACCUCGGCAGAGGCGCUCAAGGCCUCGAAAGCCUCACCAUCAACGACCUCCAACGUCUCGAAUCUCUCGUCCUCAAAAAACCAUCAUCCUCCAACUCCAACGACCCUUCUCUCGACUCCCAAUUCCAUCAUCUCAACCUCAACGAUGAUCGGAUCAGGGCUGUUAUCUCUCGGAGUAUGACCAUCGGCGGUUCGGCUUCCUUACCUAGCGGUCCCGAAUUCAGUCCAGAACAAUUAGAUCCCGAAGCGAUAGAUGAUUCGCCAUUGAUCUCACGGGCACCAGGCCACAUCAUCCGACGAACGGCGCGGACGAAAGUUCGGAAGGCCUCCUUGCCGGGGGAUGGGAACGGACACCGGUUCCCAGCUACCCGACGGACCCAAGCCAAAAGCCCCAUGGUCAACAGUCACCACCCACGCACAGCUUCGACGACCUCGAACGACUCCGAAGAGACGGUCUCGAACGAUCUGCACUCUAACCGGAGUAGCAAGGAACUCACUCACAGGUCGAUCCCGGACUCAUCCGAUGACCUCACCCUCACAAUCGAUCCUCAUCAUCUCCAACCCGCACCUCCUACGGGCUCCAAGGCAUCAAACCCUUCUAUCUUGGAUCCCCCUUCAGAGGAUGACCAGAGUCUCGACUCCACAUCCCGACCGGAUUCCUUGGCUUCAAACAACAGCUUAUUGGAUGCUUACACUUAUGAAGCUGUCGGCUUGGACGAUCAUCUAGCACCCGCCGUUGACACUGGAGGUGUCGAUUUCAGUAACCUCACCGUUUCACCCUCCGCUCUUGACUUUACCAUCCCACAUCCGAUCAAAUAUGCCGGUCCAACCUCUGAUCAUCCAUCACAUCCCACUGGGUCCGUCCAAACAUCCAAACCUGAUUUGACCAGCAGGCCUCCUUCCUCAGAUCCUGCGUUCGUCUCUCCUCCUGGCUCUUCAAAACCUGACAGCUUGAAAGUUUUAACCGACCUGGCUGCUCCCGCACCACAUCGGACUACUCCAAGCUCUGACAAUCUGCCCUCGACCUCAUCCUCAAGCCCUGCUAUCUCAACUAGCACCACUACCACUCUUUCAACUGCUAAGUCUACUCCGUCUUCUGGUACACUAUCUUCUAGUUCACCAUCCACACCCGUUGGCCCUCAAUCAUCUCGACCACCCCUGACGACCACUCAGACUAGUCCGAAUCUAUCAAACCCUGCAGCCGGUGCAAUCCCGCCUCCCCCAGCCUCAGUACCUGCGGGCUCAAAGGAAGGCAAGGAGAAGAAGCGGGCAUGGGUCAAACUAGGCCUUUCAUCGGCCGUCUCGACAAGCUCGAAGAACAAGAAAGGGAAAGGGAAAGAUAAGCAGAAGUCCGCCGAAGCUGAGAGCGGGCUUGCGGCAGGAGCACCCAGCAGUGUCAAUCCAGCCAGCUCUGGCGGUAGCAGUAGCACCGGAACGACGGCUGGCGGAGCGGUGGUGGUAAAGAAGGAGAGUGGAUUCUUGAGCGGAUUGUUUGGGGGAAAAUCGCGGAAGAAUGAGUCUGAACAGCCGGACAAGCAAGGUGCGUCUGCUAGCGGCGGCUCAGGAUCGGCUGGCAGCCCGACCAAGCAUCCGACUCCUGGACCAGGCGGGCCGGCAUCGGCAGACACGCAGGCCCAGCAACAGUUUAUGAACCCGACGGCCUCUGGCGGGUUCAUCAAGGGCAGAUUUAUGAGCUUCUACCGGCUGCCCAUUCACGUCGAACGCGCCGUCUACCGUCUCAGCCACAUCAAACUCGCCAACCCUCGCAGGCCGCUCUACGAGCAAGUCUUGAUCUCCAAUCUCAUGUUCUGGUAUCUCGGCAACACCAAGCAAGGCAAGGGACGCAAUAAGCCGAAUGCUAACAGUGGCAGCAACAGCAGCGCGAGUCACCCGCGGGGCCCGGGGGCCAAGCCGAGAACGAAGCACGAGGCGGAGCGGACGAACGGGAAAAUGGGCGCAGCUAGCGGCGGCAGAGCCAAUCUGGGUCGGAAGAAGGCCAGGCCAGGCAGGCCUGAGGGCGCAAGUUCGGAGAGCGGAUCGGAGGCCGACGAGCGGUUCUCUAACGCCAAAAAAGCACCCCUACGUCGCCCCUCUUCUUCCUCCUCUUCGGAAGACAACGAAGCGUUGAAUAAUAUCCCCCGUACUAAUAAUACUCUCGUCCAUAAUCCUUCUAUCCCUAUCCAUCAUCAUCACCCUAAUCUCCAUCCUGGAAAAUAA